AUGGCGGAGAAGCUGGCCCCCGAGAAGCGCCACACCUUCGUGCACAACGGGCAGAAGGUGUUCGAGUGGGACCAGACGCUAGAGGAGGUGAACAUGUACAUCGAACUCCCCAAGGGCGUGCCCACCAAGCUCUUCCACUGCACCAUCCAGGCGAGCCACGUCGAGGUCGGCAUCCGCGGCAACCCACCAUACCUCAACCACGACCUGACGCACCCCGUGAAGACCGACUCGUCGUUCUGGACAAUAGAGGAUGGUGAGAUGCAUAUCACACUGCAAAAAAGAGAGAACGGGAAAACAUGGUCAUCUCCAAUACAAGGGCAAGGAAUUUUGGAUCCAUAUGCUGCAGAUCAAGAGCAAAAGCGGCUUAUGCUCCAAAGGUUUCAGGAAGAGUUUUCUAACUCAGGUCAUCUGUACAUGAAUACAAUAUGA